AUGGAUAAGUCAAGUUCUCUUGUCAAACUUGCACAAAAGAUCCUUGAAGAGGCAGAGAAAGUGGAAGCUGGUGGCAAUGGCGAGGGGUCCGCUGACGCUCUAUUCGAAGCAACGCAGGAGCUGCAAACGUCUCUGCUAACAGCGCCGAAGCUACUUGAACAGCAUCAGAUCCGCUGCGAAUGUCUCGGUUGUUUGAAAUGGUUGACGAGAUUUGAAAUCUUCAAGCAUGUUCCAGCUGAUCUCAGUCCCAUUGCCUAUACGGACCUCGCGGCCAAAGCGAAUGUGCCUAUCAGGCGGCUACAGUCAGUUGUGCGGAUGGUCAUGACGGACGGGAUUUUUGUUGAACCCUCACCAAUGCAAAUUGCGCACACCCAACUAUCAGCAUCGUUCGCAACGGAUAGUGCUCUUCUAGAUUGGGCCUUCUUCAUAUACAAUUACCAAGCUCUAGCGGCAUAUCACUUUACCGAAGCAACAGCGAAAUGGCCCAACUCGGUAGCCAAAAACGAGACAGCUUUCAACUUGACCCUCAACACCGACUUGACUUUUUUUGAGCACCUAGAAGCCCAUCCAGACAUGAAUAAGGCCUUCUCAGGUUACAUGCGUGCUUUACAACGAAGCGGAAGCGGCAGUGUCCAACACAUUGUCGAUGGCUUCGACUGGGUCAGCCUGGGUGAAGCAAACAUCGUCGACGUUGGCGGAUCGACUGCACACGCAUCUAUUGCACUAGCUUCAGCCUUCCCAGACCUCCACUUCACUAUCCAGGAUCUCCCCGAGGUAGUCUCAGAAGGCAAAGCCAAACUACCCCAACUCACCAGCACCUCUGUAGCCUCACGCAUCAACUUCUCAGUCCACAACUUCUUCACGCCCCAACCCAACGGUCUCAAACCUGACAUCUUCUUCCUCCGUCGGAUCUUACACAACUGGCCCGAUCACCAGGCCCGUGAAAUUCUCAAUCACCUCGCCGUCGCUCUACGCGAUAGUGGCAACUCCCUUGCCCGUAUCCUCGUCAUGGAUUCGAUUCUACCGCUCCCCGGCACCCUUCCUCGCUUUCAAGAUGCCUAUCUGCGCGUGCGCGACCUGACAAUGAACCAGCUGUUUAAUAGCAGAGAGCGCGAGUUGGAGGAGUGGAAGGGCCUGUUCGCGAGUACGGAGCCGAAGUUGGAACUCAAGGCGUGGAAGGAGCCACCUGGUAGUAAUAUGGCGGUUAUGGAGGUGACAUUGGUGGGAAGGGAAUGA